AAACCGAGUUUGCGGGGUGCAGGGUUAGAUCAAUCGAAGCUUUCCCACAGUACGGUUGCCUUCGCGUUCGCGUUCUCGUUGCGCUCGUUCUCGUUUUGUUUGUUGUUUGUAACACUCGCUGCCGAAAAUAAUAAAUAAAAAAAAAAGAUAAAAACGCUCGCACUCCUCCUUCGAGCGGCACCAAUCAACCUCAAAAUCAAACUCAACACACACGGCCGGCUUGGUUUGGGGCAGCCUCGAAGCACCCGACCAUGGCAAGGAUACCGGGACGCUUGUUGCAGCGGUGCAGCCCACGAUGGAACGCUUGGAACGGGUGCGAGUGACAGGCUUAUGGACGUUGCCACGCCAUCUGAUCUCCCUGUGGCACUAGUGAGUGUGGCGCCGUGUAGCCCCGCGCGUCGGCAGCGAUACAGCACCAUCAUUAACGUGUGUUUGUGUGUGUGUUUGUGUGUGUGAAUGUGUGAACGGUGUCCAACAAAAAAAGACACAAAAAACGGUGUCCCAACUACAGCAGUGAAGAAAAGAAAAUUAAAGUCCCAUCAGUCCCCUGAAGAGAGAGGUUGGGCCCUACACCCGCUGUUGCUCACUGGUGUUAUCAUUUCGGGCUCAAAGUAAACAAGUGUGGCAGGAGAGGGAAGCAACAAAAGCAAAAAGUAAAAAAAAGUGUCACAAAUUGUGUAAACCGAAGGAAAAAAACACACACACACACACUAAGGACACCGGAUUGGAUUGCGACCGCACUUUCAACCACUGCAGGACAUUCGACGCGCGGGUUGGCGAAUUAUGAACAUCCGAACGGGGCACCAGCAGCAGCAGCAGCAUCAGCAGCAGUACUUACCGCAGUCACAGCCAGGCCAGCCAGCGACGAGCGGACAGGGUCCGGAACGCGACGAGCAGGCGGACGACGACGCCGCGUGCUAGUGCGAUGGUGCUCAGCACGGAGUGGUCCCAGGUGGAGAUCAUCGACCUGAUCAACGAUGGCAACGGGCUCGGCUUCAUGCUGGUCGGGGGCCGCAGCACGGGCGUCGUCAUCAAGGCGCUCAUACCGGGCUCGGUGGCCGAGCGGGACGGCCGGCUGCAGAGCGGCGACCACGUGCUGCAGAUCGGGGACGUGAACCUGCGCGGCUUCAGCUCGGAGCAGGUCGCGACCGUGCUGCGCCAGUCCGGCCAGCAGGUGCGCCUGAUCGUGGCGCGGCCGGUCGAGCCGACCUCGCCCGACUACCAGGCGCUGGCCAGCCAUGCGCCCAUCAUCCCGACCAAGAUGCUCACCGAUCCGGACGAGCUCGACCGGACGCUGCUGCAAACGUCCGGCUACACGUCCGGUGCCUUCCUGCAGCCGGCCGGCCCCGGCACGCUCGGUACGCUCGGGCUGCUGGCGGCGACGACGGCCCCGACCAACGCUGGCCAGCCGGACGGGGCGGGGCUCUGUCCCACCCACAUCGAGGUGGUCGCGGUAAACAACAGCAGUCUGAACGGCGGCGGCCCGCUCGACACGUCCAACGGCGGCCCGCUGGCGCUCAUCUCACCCACCUCGAUCGCGCUGCCCGCCCUGCCCCCGCACGCACUGCACUGUCCGGCGGCCCUGCUAGCGGAGGCGUCGGGCGUCGACGGGCUGCCGCUGGAGGUGGUCGGGCCGCUGCCGCCCGCCCCGCUCGGUACGCCCCAGUCGCCCCAGUCGGUGUGCGGCCCGCCCGACACGCCCGAAACGGAAACGUACGAGGUGGAGCUGCGCAAGAACGUGUACGGGCUCGGCAUCACCGUCGCGGGGUACGUCUGCGAGGAGGAGGACCUGUCCGGCAUCUUCGUGAAGAGCAUCAUCGAGGGCAGCGCGGCCGAGAUGAGCGGCAAGAUCGCCAUCAACGACCGGAUCGUGGCGGUCGACCAUCGGUCGCUGGCGGGCGUCACCAACCACCAGGCGGUCGAGAUACUGCGCAACACGGACAUUGCGGUGCGGCUGACGCUGGAGCGGUUUCUGCGCGGCCGCAAGUACGAGCAUCUGCAGGUGGCCCUCAUCGACCCGAUGGUGCCGACGGUGCCGGGCAGCGGGCAGUGCAGCGGGCCGCCCGGCGGUGGCGCUGCGGCGGCGGCGGCGUGCCACGACGAGCGGGCGGGCCGCAGCAACGGCACGGCGCACCAGCCGGGCCGGGCGGGCAGCGGGGGCGACCUGGUCGGCAUGGUGCUGUCCCACUCGCAGACGCUGUCGCACUGUGCGUCCCAGUGCCAGUCGCAGCGCUGCUCGAUCGUCCAGUCGCCGUCGGCGACGACGCUCUCCAUCUGUCCGGCCCGGUCCGACGCCGACUCGAUACUGACCGAGUGCGGGGGGUACGAGUGUGGCGGCAUCGAGCCGGAGCUCGAGUCGGGCACGACGUUCGAUUCGAGCGUGUUCGCGCUGGAAAACGGAACCGAGGGGGCGUCCGGCGACGAGCUGCUCCUGCUAGACGACGAACCGCACGCCGAGCUGGAGCAGGAGGAGGAGGUGGAUGGGGGGGAGCAGGCAGGAGCGCGGUACGCGAACGGGACGAUGGGUUUGCCACCGCCGCCGAUCCGCACCUCACCCCCGACCGGCGACAGUGACAGCUGUGAUACGCGAACGGCGCGCGGCCGCAGCGCAGGCGACGAACCCGGCGACCCGAUCGUGCAGCGGUGGUCGCGCGAGGUCCCGCACAGCCAGAUCGUGGUGGCGGACAUCCGCAAGCUGGCCGGGCUCGGCAUCAGCCUGGAGGGCACGGUCGAGGUGGAGGGCGGGGUCGAGGUGCGGCCGCACCACUACAUCCGCUCGAUCCUGGAGGACGGGCCGGUCGGGCGGGACGGCCAGCUGAAGCCGGGCGACGAGCUGCUGCAGGUGAACGAGCACCGGCUGCAGGGGCUGAAGCACAUCGAGGUGGUGAAGAUACUGAAGGAGCUGCCGGCCCAGGUCCGCGUCAUCUGUGCGCGGGGCAGCUCGCCCCCGACUGUGAUCAACACGUCGCGCAACGCGGAAGCGUUCGAGGCGCGCAGCCUGCUGGCGGGCGGGCUGCAGAGCCUGCAGAGCCUGCAGGGCAUCCUGACGAAGGCGCAGUCGGAAAGCUCGCUCUACACGUCCAGCACCGCCACGCUCACCGACCAGCAGCGGUCGAAGUCGGUCGAGCAGGUGUCCGGGCUGGCGCUCUGGACGCACGAGGUGCUCUACUGCGACAUCGAGAAGACGGAGCGGGGCUUCGGCUUCUCCAUACUGGACUACCAGGAUCCGCUCGACACGGACGGCACGGUGAUUGUGGUGCGCGGGCUGAUACCGGGCGGGUCGGCCGAGACGACCAACUUCAUCUUUCCCGGCGAUCGGCUCGUCUCGGUCAACGGGCACAGCCUGCAGAACGCGACGCUCGACCAGGCGGUCAGCAUACUCAAGGGCAUACCGCUCGGGCCGGCCCGGAUCGGGCUGUGCCGGCCGCUCUCCACCUCCGACAACAACCUUUCCUCCACGCCGGAAACGCCGACCACCUAGCGCGGGCAGUGGCGCGAGUGCGGCCGCCCGUACGGCGACAGCUGGCCGCAGACGCCCACCUUCUUCCAUUAGCUGCAUGGUGACCACGCCGUCCCCAUGAGGUGUGCGUAGCGUGUGUGCGUGCGUGUUCAAUCAAGCGUGCCUUUUCGGUGGGUAAAUGAAGGCAUCCGACAUUAUUCAGGGGCGGCAACCGCUGUACAGUGACUACUUCAUCUUGCCAUCUUGGUUUUACCUUAGGUUAGGCCUCCGCACCAAGCCCUGCUCGUUCGCCGAUGCUAAUUUAUGUCUCCAUCAAUAUUCAUUUCUCCCUCUCUUUCCUCCCCCCCUUCCUUCCUUCCUUCCUUCGUUUCACAAAGUUCGCCCACCUCCCGGGGCUGAUUGGGAUGAUUUAUGCGAGCAACGUCACGACGUUUAACAUCCAGUGUGCGCGUCCAUCGUUCGGUGUGCGACAUUUUCCGCCGCCACGCUCCAAGCGAUGGUUUGAAGGUCGCGCAGGUCUUUGGGCAGCCCGCCGAUGCAGCCCAGCGGUGGAAAACAUUAAACUAUUGCCAGUGUGCCUGCUGCCAAGCGAACGCGAACAAAAAAGCUUUCCGAAUUGCUGGUCCUCAACGAACGAUGUCGUAACAUGAUCGAAGUACAAAGCUAGCGUACUCCAAAACCUAACCGGUGCCGAAAAGUCCUGGCGGAACCUGUAUCGCCUCGCUGCUACCGAGGCACCGGCAGCUCCGAUCCGAUUAUAAAUCAAGCUGGAAGCUUCCACUCCGGCCGUUUAGGGCGCAAUAAUUUGUUGACACAGAACAAAAACCCGGCGCUCUCCCAGGCUGCGAAAGGACAACAGCCCGUGACCCGUGACGGUUAUGGCGCGGUACGGCAUUGGAGCUAGGGCUGGGAGUAUUUUUGGCGAAGGUAAAAAGGACCCGUGGUUGCCUGCUUUCCCGCACACCGGAAAGGUCAUUAAUUUAAGCGGUAUUAAAUUUACAGCCCUUCUGGUCCAUGGGGGUGACACUGUGGUCCAGGGGAUUUGUGCGAUAAAUCGAACCGUCGCAGGGUUCACCCUCCCCCCCCCCCACCCACCGCCAACUACAGCCGCACAAACUUUCCCACUUUUCCCCGGGUCAGCGCUCGUUCAUGCUCGCUGGGCUGGUUUUUGGGAAGGAAAAUGAAAUUCAAUUAUCAUCUAAUGUCAACAAUAAAUAACCUUCACUAUCUAGUGACGCGCUUUCACCUUUUUGGGGGUUUCAUGGGAAGGCGCACCGAGAUGUGGCGCUUCCAAACAAAAAAAAAACCGCCCCACCCCGCAGUGGGGAAAGCGCCGAAACUAUUGCACGAGCCGAGCUGGGCUGUUCUUCCAUUCCCCUGGGCUGGUUUCGCGCAUCAAACCGUAGAACCGUAGCUCGCUGCGGCUCUGUACAGGGUGUGGAGGUGAAAAAGUUUGGAAAGCUUUAAACUUCAACCGCUUGGGACAGUUUUGGAGGAUGUUGUCACUGUGUUUGAUUACUUUAAAAGAUACCAAACAUGAUAGAAAGCAAUGUUUUUUCUACUCCAUUUUGGUUAAAGUAUGCGCCAAAGAAACCACACUUGCUUUAUGUCCAAAAGUUUUUGUUUGAAGUUUUGUGAGAGGCUGAAAUGUGUUUAGACCCCAAAAAGUGUCCUACUGGGUAGUCCUUACGGGGAGGAACUACGAUGUAAUGGGACACUCAAGCGGCCCAAAUCUGAUCAAUCCAAGCCAAUCAAAAAUGUAUGGUAAUUCAAUGUAUUCCAUAAAGAAACUCCCAACGGUCUAUGUUUUUGAUCUAAUUCUAAGGUUUGUCGAAACGAACUUCAAAAAAGACCUGUUUGGAGAAAGAAAGUACACAUGGUUAUACUAUUGUUCGGAUAUAUGACAGGUCAACCUCAGCCAAACAGGCUGUAUACCAACAAAACACCUUUUUAUUGAAUUAUUAAUAGUUGAAAUGGUUCUGGAUAUGAUGUGGUAUAGGAUUUCCUACUAAAUAUCUUAUCAUGUGUGGGAGAUAUCAACGUACUUAUCAAUGUUCCGAAUAUACAAAUGAUUCUGUGAGUAUUAUGUAGUUCAGUUUUGAUCAAAACGUUGUCCUACUAUUGGAUGGAGCAUCCAAGUACAUAUGACAUUGGAUGGAGCAUCCAAAUCAACCUGAAAUCCAACUACAUGAUGGGUUUUGAUGUCCUCUGGUAGAUGAUGAUGCCUUUAGGACGUUUAUAAUGUUAGGAUGUUUUGGACAUACUUUAAAGAUAUGGAUCCUGUAAUGCAUACUACCGAGAGCUUCAUUUCACGGCAUGUUCUAGCGCCUGACGUCUUCUCGAGGCUGCUUUGAAUGAAGAUAUCAACGAAAUUGAUUUUAAAAAGAUGCUAUGAAAACUAGGAUUUGAAGCAAAGUCUCUGCUACACCCUGUAAAUUCUUCCCAAAACAAAUCCCCGCGCAUCUACCCGCCCUGCCACGGAAGCCCGCUAUUGUGACGUGCUUUAAUGCUUCGGGUCAUCGACGAAGAUAAACAUCAAACCCCUGGUAAUGUGUUCCGCGUCUUCGAAACUCGAGCCCAGCUUCUGUCCUGCCCCAUUGCUACGACCCGCCCAGGACACGCUCAAUCAUACGCCAUCCAUCAAGCGCCGGUGUUUGUGCUUCCCAUCCCCCCCCCCCAUCCCUUGACAACUGCUGCAGGAUGCUGGAGGGCAACACCUCAUUGUGCGCGAUGAGUGAUGAGAGCGUGCUGGUACGAAAUUAGAUAGGGUAAAGAUAGUGGGGAGUUCUGAUUCUUUGCUGCGACAAGCUUCCAAGCACGCUCGGCCCAUUGUUGUGUGCGGCAGUGCGGCACGGUCAGCGGGCGGCAAAACUGUCGCAGAAUCCGUGUCGCUGCCGCCUCCACGCCAGUGUCCGUGCCUCCCCCCCCCAUCCACUGCGGAAGGUUGUAAAUUAAGUCAUAUUGCACGUACUUGUACAGCCCUCGAACACACGCGCGCGCGCCACACGGAGCCUUUUCUUUACCUCUUCGUAAGGUACACUCGUCCGUAGCUCGCGGUGUGAUGAAAACUUCCCUCGCACGGUCUUUCUUUUUUCCAGACAACACUUUUCACCACAAGCAUGCACGGUGAUCGAUGAGUGUGUUGUCGAGGUGGCGGAAAUUCGUUACGCAAACGCUCCAGCGGGCCCGGAGACUUGCGUGCUUGCAUAACGUGCUCAAGAAUGUUGGAUGUUCGACGUGCAUAAAAAAAAAGAAGAUUGCACAACUUCGAAGUGGAGCAUCGGAGCACCGACGCUUCAUGUGCGCAGGAAGCAUCUGCCCCCAUCAAGUAGACAGGGUUGAGAGCCUGGUUUAAAAAUAAAGAAUAUUUGCUGCUCUAGCCAUUGAAAGCUCACCAAAUUAAGGCAAACCCACACGGACGUUGCUAGUCGAGGUACGUAGUGCCAAUGCGUGUGUCAUUUGACAGUUCAGCAACGGUGGCCCGCCGUGCAACAAACUCUAGAUCGCAUGCACCUCCAUAUCUUCGCCGGGCGUUCGCGUCUCGCUGGAGUUGUCCGACUGCUCCCGUGUGUAUUUACCGCUAGCACACGCACACAGUGGGGUAGUGGAGUUGAACACCAAACAAACAAAAAAACAAGACUUCAGGAAGUGGGGAGUGUGCUUGUGUGCAUAAAUUCCUCACCAAUUUCCGUGCCGUUGCGUGCGGAACAAAAGUGGGCAGAAUUGUGCCUUCCCUUUCCUAUCAACCUGAUCCGAAAACCCAUCGCAAAACUGCCCCUUCGCACACACGCACGCAGAUAGGGUGUAGCGGAAAUGCCUCUUCCUGUCCCGCCCGCUUCAGGUUUCGGUAAUAAUGCCCAGGCCCAUAAACUGAAAGGGGCACCUCUGGGUUGGACGCUUUGCAGCCCAUUAGUGGAAGUGAAAGUGUAGACCUUUUUCUGCCAGUCCCUCCGCUUUAUCGGACGCACCCUAGGCCCAGGCAUCUCCGCUUGCGUUUCUUAGCAGUAGAGCAACUACAGUCCGUUGGAGGGGGGUUUGGAAAAAAACAGUGAUACACCAACAUCCAGAGAUGCCGCUUUCACUCUCCCCCGGAAGAUGUUGGGGCCCUAAAAACUGAAUGCGCCCGCCAAGAAUGUAUGGGCGCCCUAGAACCUAGAACCCGGGCGGAAAGCGUUGAAAGGCGGGUUUUUGGGAGCUUGAGGAUGAGGGAGAAGAAAAAAGGUAAUUCAACACACAUACAACCACACGCGCGUGUACCUGUUUGUUCGGAUAAACGAAAAGCUGAGUAUUUCCCAGCUCCGAUUACAUCCCCAUGCCAAGGGGUGUUGGAGUUGUAGCGGAUUGGAUGAGGUUUGGAGA